AACCCCAGAGGCUUGUGGGAUCUUGAAUGUGGGAUUCCAGCCAAACACGACAAAGACCCGGCUUAGCCCACACAAUAGCACGCUGACCCGGCUAUAUUUAAGACCCGCGGGCCAGCUGCCGACCACACCGGCCCCCUCGCGCUGUGUUUCCGCGGGCAGCAUCAGUCUGGUGUCUCUGAAGCAUCUGAACGCAGGUCAUCCCUAAAUAUAAAAACAAUCUGGGCUGUUGGAGCGGAGAGGGACCGGUCAGCUCACAGAGUGAUGAACGCUUAUGAAGAAUAUGGUGACGAGGAGCUCAGUGACUACAUCAUCCAGCUCGGGAUUCAAGACUCUUGCCAAGAUGCUUUUCUGAAAUCUGCAGCAAGUUUAGAAGCAGCGACGGAUGAAAAUCUGAGAGUCCUGGCUGCCAUCGAGCAAGGUGAGGUCUUGAUGCUCAGGGGGAUGCUGAGGCACACCUUUGCCUUCAGGGAGUCGGACAGCCGCGGCUGGCUUCCCAUCCAUCGAGCCGCAUCCCAGCCAGUCCUGGAAGUUCUGCAGACCGUCUUGAGAUUGGCAGCUCAGGGGCUCAGCCUAGAGGAGAGGACGGCCGUGGGAGGAGAGACGCCGCUGACGCUGGCAGUGAAAGCCGGACUGGUGCAGAACGUGAAGAGCCUGCUGGAGUUUGGAGCCUCGCCUCACAACACUAACAGCAAAAACGAGUCGCCACUUCUGCUCGCGGUGAAGGCCGGCUCUUACGAGAUGACUUAUGCUCUGGUUGCUCACAACGCCUGGGUGGAUCAAGUGUGCCGGAAGAAGUGGACGGCGAUGCACGAGGCGGCCAAAGUUGGCAACGUGGACAUCCUGAUGCUGCUGCUGAGGAACGGCGGCCCGGUUAACCAGAAGGACGUGGCGGGGGUGACGCCUCUCGCGGUGGCUGCAGAGCACGGCCACUUCCACAUCGCUGAGAUUCUGCUGAACUGUGGGAGCAGCGUUAACUCUCAGGCCUGUAAUGGUGAGAGUGUCCUGCUCGAUGCGGCGGGAUCAGGAAACACGGCCUGCAUUCAGCUGCUGCUGGACAACGGAGCCAACCCCAACCUGCCCAGCCUCACGGGACACCUGCCCAUCCACAAGGCCGCGUACGCCGGACACUACGAUGCUCUGAAGAUGCUGAUACCUCUGUCUACCAAGAAGGCCAUCAAAGAGGCGGGUCAGAGCCCGGUCCACUCUGCGGUGGAGGGCGGCCAGAUCCGCUGCCUGAAGCUCCUGUUGGCCUGCGGCUACGACGUCAACUACCGCAUGAACACCAGAAACUCCGAAAACUACCGGGACAUGAGGAAAAGCGCCUUGUACUAUGCCGUCUCCAACGGGGACGUGCACUGCACCAAAAUCCUGCUUGCGGCCGGGGCGAAGACGGACUUAGACCCGCUGUGCUGCCUCCUGGUGGCGGUCAGGUCGGGACGCUACGACAUCGUUAAGCUGCUGCUGGCGGCCAAGGCAGACGUGAACCGGUACUUCACGGUGGUGAGCGACACGGUCUUCCCCACGGCGCUGCAGUACUGCCUGAAGGACGAGGUGAUGAUGAGGCUGCUGCUCAACAACGGCUACAAGGUGGAGAGGUGCUUCCAGUGUCACCACGACAAUGCUUUUGAAGCUGCGGAUGACAGGAAAAUUCCAUUCUGUGAGAUCAUAAGCCUCAACUGCGUCAUGCAUCUGGCCGGGAGCGUGGUCCGGACUCUGCUGGACUACGUCAGCCAUGUCCACAUCUGCUCCAAACUCAGACUCCUCCUGGAGAAGCAGGCAGAGUGGCCCGAAAUAUGUGACAUCCUCAACAGCCCUCGCUCCCUAAAGCACCUCUGCAGACUGGACAUCCGGAGGCGUCUGACCCUGAAGAAACUCAACAACCCCGAGGUCAUGAACUCGCACGUUUUCCCUCCAAGAUUGAGGAACUACAUCCUGUACCAGGAGCUCGACCUCUACAGCCAGGACUCUGAAUGCAUCAUGUGAACAUCUCCU